AUGCCUUCCGGCUUUGCCCAGAGCCUGCGACCCCCAGACAUCACAGGGCAGAAUGAUGUCACUCAAUCUGGCAAUGCGGGUCUCCAUGCGCAAGUGUUUGCUGGCAAGACAUUGUUUGGCGCGACGGAGUGCUCGAAUCGACAUUCCGGACCAUUAACUUGUGUAGGAGCUGAAGAAGGAUACGAAAAGAUCGACUUCACGACGGUCGUCCACCGUAUUAACACAUGGCUGUCGCUUCCAGCGGCUGACCGCCUUCUCCCAAGUCCCAAGCAAGCAUUAUACCAUACAUACGCUCUGUUACGUGCCACCCUUCUCAUUUCCGGCUCCCCGAGCCUGCCGCCGACUCCUCCCGGAGGUUCGAUACGGCAUAUCGAAAGGAACACUUGGCAAGUCAGUGCUCCGGCCGGGUCACCAUAUUUCACACUCAGCUUUCCCAAUGGCACCACUUUUGUGCUUGACGGAACCGACGGCCAACAUGUCCUGCCUAGCGAUCUCACAUCCGGCCCAGUCCACGGCAGUGGCCGGGCCUGGUGGCUGCCGGCUUCCCCAUUCUCGCCGCAGUCAGCUUACAUGGUCAUUGCAGAUGGCGACGUGACGUCUUCUUGCACUGGAAAGCACAAUCCGUCAUGCCGGGUUACAGUGCAAGCUUCAAGUGCAAAUAUCACUGCGUACCGGGCUCGUCCCCACGCUGAUAUCCACGGCGAUGAGUUUGAUCUCGACUUCCCUGGCGCCGAGGGCCUGGCGGAUGCCCUGGCAGGCUUCUACUGGGGUACCAUGCUGCCCUCUGUUAUCGAACGGACACGUGCCAAGGACUACCCGGACGCGGAAGGAUAUAUCAUCAGCACUCUGGCAGACAGAUAUGUUGGCACCUAUCCCGACGUCGACCACGAGUUCCAAAUCAAGGGCCGUGUUGCAUGGGGCGGAGACCUCGAUCUAGCCGUUGUGCGAAGGAUGAUCGAGCUCGAACUGAGACUGAUGCGGGAAGACUACUGCGGCCUGUGGCGCGCACCCUGUGCGGUGCAGCCUUCCGGGGAGCGAGAGUAUAACGUACGACGGAAUAGUGAGGACGGCGAGACCAAUGCCGUCAUGUUUCUUGUCUCCGGGAAUGUCGAGAUGAUUGAGUCGGUAUGGCUUUAUGUUGCUCGGACCAAAGACCUGGAGUGGCUGCGGCUUCACUUGGACGACAUUGAGAUGGGCGCCUGGAGCGUGGAGCAGCACAUCGAUCCUCUUGGGCGGCUCUGGAGUGACGUGUACUAUGAAGACCAGGUCAUCAAGGAUGGACGAGAGACUAUGUCUGCCGCUCUUGCAGCACGCGCAUUUGGUCUGCUUGCCGAGUUGGAGCUCGUUCUUGGCCGCGAUGAUGCUGCACAGCGCUACGUCAAACUCCAGCAGCGUCUUGCACAGGCAGUCAGCAGGCCUUUGCCUCAAGGUUACUGGGACGCGGCACAAAGCCGUUUUGUCGAUUGGGUCGAUCGGACGGGGUGGGCACACGACCAUAUUCACCUUCUAGCCAAUAUUCUCCCGGUUAUGCUGAACAUGACGACACGGGCGCAGACUGACAGCAUCGAAUCACUCAUUGCGGCAGAGCUGGAUGAGUUUCAACGUUUUCCGACCUUCUUGUCAGCACGCAUCGCCGACUACAACAGCAGCGAGAUUGGCGAUGGCGGGCCCUACGACCUCUGCGCUGCCGGACGCUACUGGCACUGGGACGCUGCGUACUGGGCGUGGCGAGGCAAUGGCGACAUGCUGCUCGAGCAGCUGCACAAGGUGGCCAGCAUGGGUGCUACGGACGACUACAUCAUGGGCGAGCGGUACGAUAUGGACUAUGUGUACUACAUUGACGGCAAGCCGUGGCAUGGAGCGGCGCAUUACUACGAGUAUCCCUGCGUCUACUCGUGGGUGCUAUUCCAUGACCUUGUCGGUGUGCAGCCUUCACUCACAGCAGACGUGCGCCUGAAGCCGAUGCUGGUAGGUGGCGGCUCGGUGACGCUCAAGCAGGCGGCAUAUCAGUUGAGGUACCAAUUCGAGCCUCGGAACCACUCAUUCACAUUGCAAAAUCUAGCUAGCAAGUCUAGGACAUUCGAGCUGGACCUAUCGGCAUUGCUUGGCAAGCAUAUAUUGGGUCUAGACCUAGGAGCUGAGUUUAUGGCUCUGAGUGAUCAGCCGUUUGAACUGGGGCCGGGGGAGGAAGCACGACUUCAGAAGCUUGAUAGUUUACCGUAG